AAGUAGACAAUAUAUAGUAUCACGGGGUAGAGAUGCUCCGAAUAAGUUCAUUAGGGCUCGGAAUAAGGAUACGACAUCAGUACAUACGACAUGCCCAUCGAUUUUUAGCUACAGCUAGUAAAUCUGAAGAUUUAUCCUUAGACAAUCUUACUGAUGGAAGUUUUAAUACAUCUAUACGAACGCUGCCCUUUUCCAAAAUACAAAGUAAUAUAAGAUAUGAUGAACUACCACUUGAUACUUAUCCCAAUCCAUUGUUUAAUAUGAGCAAAAAUGAGUUAAUGAAUCUUUCCCGAAAACUGUAUGUACAUCUAUCCAAAAUCCCUUAUAGAGUGAUAGAUGAAGUAGAUCAAUUUUGUUUAACUAUUAUUAAUAUUAUAGAGAACAAUAUUCUCCUUGAUCUGAAAUUAGUGACUAAAUUACUUUUGAAUAUUCAAGAUGAAAGUAUUAAGCAAAUAAUUAUCGAAGGUUUAAAGUCAAAGUUUUCUGAAGAUCCAUAUAAAUUAUCAACCAUAGAGUUUAUUCUUGAUCCUGAAACAAACGAAACUCAGAGAUUUAUUCAAAAUUGUUUAUCAUCAUUACAAGUCAGAAAAGAAACUACUAGUUAUGUAAGAGGUGAAUUAGUAUUGCAAUAUUUAAAGACUCUAGCAACGACUGGUGUAGUCAAUAAAAGACCAAUCUUAUUGAGUACAAACAAAUAUACUCGGUUGAUUAGAUGUACACCUCCAUCUCAAUUUCAUGAACUAUAUCUGUAUUUGUUUCAUAUAAAUAUUCAAACCGUCGAUCUUAAUGAUAUGCUAAGAUUGAAACGUACAUUAGCUGUACGUUCACAAAUUGAAAGCUUUGUUUGGAGAACAGGAUGGAUGAAUCCUAAAUUACACCAUAUUAAUUCUUAUGAAUUCAGUGAUAAUCAUAUGGAAAAGAUGGUGAAUUUUUUUACAAUAGAUGAUUUAAGGGUCCUUUGUAAAGAAUUUAUUAAACGAGAUGAUGUUGUUAAUGCUAGUUUAUAUUUGAAUUUGUUAGUAUCGAAAUUUGAACGUAAAUGUGAACCCACUAACUAUGGCAAGAAACAAUCGGGUGAUACAUUACUUGUUGAUGAUAUUCAAACCGUUUUAAAGGUUACUUUGGAUUAUCUAAUGAAAUUCAAAGAUUUUAAGUCUUGUCUUUUGGUGUUAAAGUAUUUGUUGAAACAUGGCCUUAAGGUUGAAUUUAAAUCUUUACUUAGUAUAAUGUCCAAUUUACGAGAACAAUCUCGAUAUGAUGACGCUAUUUUGAUAAUGAAUAAUAUCGAUUUAGCAAAUUUGUCUAGUUCUGAACUUUGUGAACUAGCUCAUGAAAUGUUAUUAUUAAUAAAAUCAAGAUAUCCAAAAUCACCGAAAGUUCUUAUUGGAUAUAUUGCAAGUUUCUGUAAUAGCCCUGAACAACAGGAUAAAGUAUUAAAGGAUUUGAAUGAUUUAAAUAUAUUAAACAUUAUCUACGGUGAUGGACAAAUUGGUAAUAUAGGUUCAUUGGACAGAAUACAAAGAGCCAAUGUAGAUAGUCGAUUGUCAGGAUUUAACCUUACUUCCGAUGUAUUAGGUGAUGUAUAUGAUUGUCUUUUAAAUUCAUUAUCUGUAUCUAAAGUUUCACCUCAAUUGAUUCAUUCACUAUAUACUACUUAUAUUGAUAAAGUAAAGACAUCAUUACAAUCUCAUAAUUCAAAGAAUGCUUUCGUUGAAAAUAAUGAAUUCAAUGAUAGAGUAUUAUAUUCAUUUAUUAACCAUUUACUUUAUAAUAAUUCUAGAGAAAUGGUCAAUUCAACUGAUAAUUACGAAGUUGCAAAAGAAAUAUUUACGGAUUUUACUGAAAAGGUUAAUCUUGAUCGGAAACAAAUUACAAUUAGCCAGAUAGAUCUUUUGAUUAGAAUUGCGCUUAAUCAACAUCAUGAUUAUAAAUUUGCUGCUCAAGUGAUUAGAUACUCUCGUGAGAAACGAAUUCCAUUUACAUUUAAUCAAAUUCAUCCAUUUAUUAUGUUUCAUUAUUCUCGACAAGAAUUUGAUGCAGCAAAAGUUUGGUAUAAUGAACUUAUCAAACUGGGAAUUAAUACCAAUUCACAAGUUGUUAAAACAUUAUGGAAAAUUGCUCGAGAAUUAGGGUGGGAAACUACUGGAUUUACUUAUAGAAAAUGGCAAAUUAAAAAGAAUUAUAAAGCUAAAGAAGAAAUGGAUAGAAUUAAUAGUGAUCCAAUUAUAUUUUUACAAGAUAAAGAUACUGAAGAAAGAAUUACUGAAGAAUUAAUUGAUAGUUCAUUAGAUGAUAAUGAUGGCAAUUUUAGUGCCGAAUUAGGAACUUUACUUUAUCAACUUAAAGAUAAAGAUUCCAUGUAAUGUAAUGUACAUAGAAAAUAAUCCCCUUAAUUACUUUUUAUUAUUUUAAUGAGAUACGAAACAAUCAACACUUUUUAG